UGGCGUUUUGACAGUUGCCACAGUCAGUAGUGGGUCGCAAAUGACCAGAUAAAACACGAUCACAUACGAAACGAUACAGUGCAAAAGAGAGAGAGAGAGAGAGAGAGAGAGAGAGAAGGAAUACAAAGAAAGAGCAGACACAAACAAAGACGGAGAAAACAAAGUUUUAAUUAAUUAUAAUUAGAUAAUAAUGGAUGCUGAGCAACAGAACACAAAUACAAACAACAACAGCAACAUCGACAGCGAUAAAUGCCAGAAACUAAAGAGAUUUGUGAUCGUGGGGCUGCUCAUCACCAUUGGGAUCUUGAGCUGGCAUUUCUAUGAGUACUUCCAAAGCAAACCGCUGCCCAAGGCACCCGAUGAUGUCUUGGAGCUGUCAAAGUCUCUCUAUGCGGAGGAGACUGCCGUCAGUCCAUUUCUAUAUAAAGUGAAUCUCCAGGGCAAGACCACAUCUGGGGCCCAUGAUGAUAAAGCGCCAAAGAAUCUCUUUGAACUGCAUCAGGAUUUGCUGGUCAGAGAUGCAAAUUCUACUACAGCCUUACUCCUGCGCCUCUUUGACAACUACGAGUUGGAUGUGGCAGUGGCCGAGCAUACCACCUCCGAACAUGAACAGGAACAGCAUGACUUUCUGCGGACUGUAAUGAACACGCGGAUGAUGAAGCUAACAAUGAAAUUUCUGGUGCACAAAGAUAUUGUCAGCAGCGACUAUGAUGCUCAGCUGCGAAUGCUUCAGGAUCUAUGGUUCACACCAUACUCCCGAGGACGCGGCAUCGUGGGCAGCUCUAGUUUCGAGCACGUCUUCAUGGCUGAAAUACGGGAUCAGAAGGUGCUGGGCCUUCACAAUUGGCUUUACUUUGCCGACCAAGAGCAGCGUGGAAAUAUCGACUACAAGGGCUGGCUUAGCCACUUGGAAAUGGGAAAGCCGAAUCAAAUCUCCCUGAGUCUGCGGAACACCUUCUAUGGCAUAAGGAAACCAGUAACCGGCUUCUUUGUUGGAACCUCACCCGAGCUGGAGAUGAGUCUGUACACGGCCUGCUUCCUGGGCACCCCGGAAGAGGAACCAUGCCACAUUCAGCUGGGCCAUGCCCGCGUUUCGAUUGUCUCCCACUCGUGGAGCUGGAAAGGCAAGCGCCUGAUAGCCACCGCCUAUCCCGACAAUCUGCCCUAGAACCGGCCCACACCCAGUGCCGUCCUUAAGUCAAUAAAAUUAGUUAAAUUCGUGUCUCAGCACCACUACCUCAUAACACACAAAGCUACAAAACAUCUAAGAUCCAA